AAACCACUGAGCUACGCCCCCUAGCUACGUUCAAAACAACCUUAGCAUAGUGGAGACUGCUUUGCAGGUUCACAAGAAACGUAAUCCAGCGUUUUUAAGUGGAAUCGCUAGAUAUAAAAUGUUAUAAAUGUUAGUACCCGAGUCUGGUGGAUAAUAGCAACCGCUGUCUCUCUUACUACAGUCUGCUGCAUACGGAGAUACGCUGCUGCGUUUACUUUGUACUCGAGUUUAAAUUAAGAAUGGCUGCUGGCUGCUUGAGGAGAGUCGUCUGCCAAGCCCUGAGAAACGAAUCCAGGCUCCCAGGAUUUUUCUGUGCCCCCAGGCCCCUCAGCACAUUGUCGAUUCACACUUACAGGAAGGAAGCUAUUAACCAGUCGAGGCUUGUUUUACCUUGCCUGAAUAAAGGACCUUGGGUUGUGCAUACGGGUACGCGCCCGCUCACCACAGAGGACGACGAUGAGGGGGGACCAGAGGGUAGAAAGAAGAAACAGGACCCCAGAGCCAGAAAGACAAUAGGAAGUGUGGGGAGGAAAAUCCACCACCGCAUAGUUCAGGUGAUAAACGAAGACGGAGAGAACUUGGGCAACAUGCACAGAGCAGACGUCAUCCGAAUGCUGGACGAGCGCGGGCUGAAGCUGGUGCCCCUGAGGGAGAAUGCAGACCCGCCAGUAUACAGACUCAUGAGCGGGAAGCAGAUUCACCAGGAGCAACUGAAACUCCGGGAGAAACAGAAAGCAAAAACAGGGCCCACCCAAGUUAAAGAGCUGACGUUUUCUUCAGAUAUCGCUAAACACGACCUAGAGACCAAAGUGAAACAAAUCCAGCAGUGGGUCGAGAAGAGGCACCACGUUCGUUUAACUGUGCGGAAGGGCACUGCUUCAGUGGAGAAGAUGGAAAGUUUGUUGGAAGAGAUUGUUCAGAGCAUGCCUGACCUAGCUACAUUUGUGACAAAACCAAAGGCAGUCAAGGAUGGAAGAGCAGCCAUGGGUAUUCUCAGACACUUGUCUGAAAAGGAACUGAACGAGUACAAAAAGCAGCUGAAACAGAAGGAGCAGGAAAGCGAAGGACCCAGACAGGAAGCCGGGGAUGUUGCGAACCCAGAAAACACACAAACCAAAGUUCUGCAUCAGUGAGGUUUAAUAAAAGAAGAAAACUAAAAAUAAAGUGAUUUGCAUACAA